AUGAUAAGAGUCUUGAGAGGUAGUUGUUGCUCUUGUUGUUCGUCUUCUUCUAUGGCGGUGAGUCGCGUACACUUUCUCUUCUUUAUUACCUCUCAAUAAAACAUUAAAAUAUCCAUUCAUACACAUAUCUCCCUUUGUUAUUUCUCUUCUCAACGAAUAAUCUUCAUCAUCGGCCGGCGAUCGCAGCUACGAUUCCGGCGAGCGAGGUUUUCCGGGAUAGGAAACAGAGUCUGUUACUCUUUCUGUCCGUGUGAUGGUUCCUUAUUGUUUUAGGAGGGAGAGAAAGGCAGGGACGUGCUUGGCUUGAAGAGAAAGCAAAGUGUAAAGAGAAUAACAAGAAUUGGAAAAAAAAAGAAAGAAAAAUGAGCGGAAGGAGUAAUGGAAACGUAGCAAUAGGAAAUGGUAUAAUAGGAAGUGUAGAAAGUGAGUAUGUAAGGAGACACCAUAGACAUGAUCCUGCUGAUCACCAGUGUAGUUCUGCUCUUGUUAAACACAUCAAAGCUCCUGUUCAUCUCGUUUGGUCUUUGGUGAGGAGAUUUGAUCAACCACAGAAGUACAAGCCUUUCAUUAGCAGGUGCGUAGCACAAGGGAACCUUCAGAUUGGAAGUCUUAGAGAAAUUGAUGUCAAGUCUGGACUUCCUGCCACUACAAGUACCGAAAGACUGGAGUUUCUUGAUGAUGAUGAGCAUAUCCUCAGCAUGAGGAUUGUUGGCGGGGAUCACAGACUUAAGAACUACUCUUCAAUCAUUUCCCUCCAUCCAGAGAUCAUUGAUGGAAGACCGGGGACGCUGGUGAUCGAGUCAUUUGUGGUGGAUGUGCCUGAUGGGAAUACUAAGGAUGAGACAUGCUACUUUGUUGAAGCUCUGAUUAAGUGCAAUCUUAAAUCACUAGCUGAUGUAUCGGAACGGCUUGCCGUGCAGGACCGGACCGAGCCCAUUGAUUGCAUCUAAGAAAAGUCAGGACUGGGCUGUGGAGGUGUGUUGGACUCUAUGGUUGUGAAGGAUGAAGCUUCCAGGCUUUUCUAUGUCAGAGGCACUGGAUACCGACUGGCUGUAGUGCUGUCUUCCAUCUUCCAGACACUGUUAUACUCUUUCAUUUUGGUUGUGAUGUUCUCUUCAUAAAACUAUUUGCUGGAUUCCCCAUCUUUAGGAAGCUCAAGAACCACCCCCCUUAUAAAGGUUUAUCUUGCUGGUGGAUGAAAAAAAAUUAUAUAUAUACUAAAAAAAAAAAAAAAAAAAAAAGAAGAAGAAGAAUAACCCUAGGUUCCCGUUUGUUUGUGACAUCCAGCGUUUUGUUUGUGGUGACAACAUUAUGCUGUAUAUACGUGUGCUGGAAGAAGUUGUUUUGUAGUUUACUUUCUGUUUUUGUUUUUGCUCAUAGUUCUAGGUGCAGAUUAAGUAGUUCGAUGAAAUGGAAACCUAGGGUUUUAAAUGACCAUUUGUAAAUUGUCACAUACGGGAUGGCUCCUUCUGUUUGCUGAUAUCUGUAUUCAGGUACUAUUUUGGUGCUGUAA